UCCCUUUAUAUGUUUCUAACUUUUCUCUCCUAUGUUCAUUUAUAAAUUCCAUAAUACAUAUAUUCUUUUCAAAAACCUCAACCAUGGUUGUUAAGAAAGUUGAGAUUAAAGUGGACAUCAACUGUGGGAAAUGCAAAAACUCAAUCAUGCAGGCUGUCGCAGAGAUAGAAGGUAUUAAUCAGGUUGUACUGGAUGAGGAGAAGAGCUUGCUCACGGUGGUGGGGACGAUGGAUCCGAUAUGCGUUGCAGAAAAGCUUAGGAAGAUCGGACAGAAACCAGUAGUAGUCAAUAUUGGACCACCAAAACCUCCAGAGAAAAAAGAGGAGAAAAAAGAAGACAAAAAAGAACCGAAGCCAGUGUGUUGUUGUAAGCCUUGCCCUCAGCUUUACCAUCCGCCUUGCCCUCCAUACUACAAUAACUGUGACAUGGUAACAGUUAGUACCUAUAGUAACGGAAGCGGCUGCACCAUUAUGUGAAUCCUUUUUCCAUCUCUUUAGCCUUCAUGUAAAAUACUUCGAUUUCUUUACGUUAUCAUGUGAUGAAUCUUUAUUGUUA